AGUCAGGUCGUAACGUAAAUUCCUCAUGUUGGUUGCAUCUCUUCAUAUAUUAAGAAUGAAUCUCUCGUGCAUAAACAAAUGUCAGCAAUAUUGAAUGACUGCGAAUGACGGACAAUCGUUUUAGUGCAUCAGUCGACUUGUCCGAAUGUGAUUCAAUGUGAUGUCGUAUGCACAUAACCAAUGUUCAUCAUGUCGGCGACACGGAAUCAUAAGAAAGAUGUUUCAAAAGAAUGUCGAGAUUCAACAUGCUUUCAUGCAUUUCAAUUUGGUAUUCUCUGGUAAAGAUUUUGAACAAGUAAUUUUAACAUGACUUUUAAACAAUGAAAGCAUAUCUUUUUUGUGUAUAACUCUCAAUAUCCUGAAAGGAAGGCAUCAUCAUCCCUUGUUCCUGAAAGGAAGGACUUUAUCAUCCAUUCAAAUUUCUAACUAAUAUAUACAUUGAAAAUACUAAGAAAGGUAUACUAAAGGUAUACUAAAAGUAUACAGAAAGGUAAUCUACAUAAUAGAAUUGCUGGGAAAGGGUUAAAUAUGAUGUAUGCAAUGCUCCAUGGAAGUAUGCCAAAGGCAGUUCUCGAGAAAUUGGAGUGUUAUCACGUAGGCAUACACCUCAACCUAGGUGGAGCUUCUAUUAGCCUGGAACACGAAAAGCGUCCUGAAAACUGGUUUAGGUGAUUCAGGUUUCUCCUUUGUAAUGAAGCGGCGGAAGUGCAGGACUGCUUAAGCUAAUGGUGGUUUUAUUGUCAUGUAAUGCCUUUUGUCAACUUUGCACUCGUUCUGUGUCAGUAAAAACUUGAAACAACAUGAAAGGAUUAAUUACCAGUAUUACGCAGUAUGGAGAAUCCCGUGGUGCAUCCUGGAAAGCAACUAAAAAAAUUGGACAAGGUACCAAACGUGGUUUUAAAAGCAAAUAUCACAUCCCGUUGGAUCAAAAUAUCAAAGGCGAGUAAAGUUCUCCAUCUUCCGAGCGGCGCGUCAACGAUCGAUCAUUCGCACGAAAUAUACGAUCUUUCCGUUUACGGCUGGCGUAACUGUGCGCUGCUGAUCGAUCAUUAAGCCUUCUCGCUCGUUUCGGCACACUUGAAUGCAUGUGUGCAUGCAUCGCACCGCUCCUGGACUGAUCGAGUACGACAGAGAAUUAUGGAAGAUUUUGUACGAUUGCUUUUCAUUGCUGAGCUAACACAAAGGCAUUUAAAUCACUUCUAAGGGUUACCAAAUACGCAAAACUUCGCGUUUCUACUUUUUCCGCGAGAACGUUAGAGCCUGGCACUGAUUGCCCAGAGGGCUAUCGAGAGAAACCGUGGGUAAAGUACGUCAAUUUUUAGCUGCAGCUCAUUCCGUCUUCGGCGAGCAAAAUGAGAAAACGUGAGAGUGUUGUGCUGGGCGAAGCAACGCGAUUUUGCGGAAGUCACGCCGUUUAAGGAGUGACCGCUGAAUGAAAACGAAUGGCGUUUCAUGGACCGUUGAGCUCUGCGUCAGGCUGUGGAUCAUAAAUCCGACGCAUGAAGCAGAAGAGCUUACACACCUUCCGGCUCGAAGAUACGUUUCAACGAACAAAUUUGAUGAUUGCUGCUACGUAAGAAAGAGAUGCGACGACGUGCAACGACGAUUUAUGCUUGGUUCUCGGUGAAUUAAAGUUCAGUGAACUAGUGAACGUAUGAGUUCAAAGUUGAAUUUCUCCUCUGAAAGUGAUGCGAACGAGAGUACGAAGAUGUCUGAAAUGGCAGAAUCCACGUCUGACGUGCCGGAAGAGAAGGAGGUCACUGCGAAAAAUACGACACUCACCUGCGAUAAGCGACACUGCAGGGAGAUGCGGAAGGAGAAGUUACCCCCUUACCUUCGGGACAAAGAGAGGAUACUGUAUCCGCGUAACACGAGAGCCCUGCCGAAAACACCAGUAAUCGGGGGACAACCCAUCGAAGAGGAAACAUGUAUAGCUUUAAGGACAUUAGUCUUCGGUUCUUGUGCAACCCCUCCCAAAGCUGAAUGGGCAAGAACCGGACUGACUCUACGACCAUACGGACAGAGUUUGGCCUUUGGAUUAAGAGCGCCCAGGAACACAACGAGAGGCCUCGUCAGUGCGGUGCAAGCUAUUAUGUUGAAGCAUUUUUUGUUCAAAUGCGACAGGCAAGAAUUUCGCACCAGACCCGACACUCUGCUGAAACCUUCAUACGAUCGACAGAUCGAGGUGUUGACUUCCGCGAUAUCGGAGAUCAUUUGGCGUUGCGCCGGCGGCUUUUCCGUAUCUACAUGCCCAAACGUAGUUAGCAAUGCCGUGCCAAAGGCCGUAGUGGUUCUGCCACAAGAGACAGCCUAUCUUCAGCAUAGUGUGCAAUAUUUCCAGGACGGAUUAACAGAAACGCUGCAUCUUUUCGACUUCAACUCUUUGGAGGAUCUUGAGAUAUUUAUCAAGAGAUAUUUGUACUUGUUUCACGACGAGGGCGGGCCUGGUGCAAAGUUGCUUUUGUAUAGUGCAGUGCUAUCGAGAGGUCUCUCAAAGGUUCGGAACGAUUUAGAGGACCCGAAGACAUCGAUCCUCGGUGGAUGCACGGAAGAAGGUCCGAUUAGUAUCGUCAUCUUUGUUCUGACUGGUCGUGCUUCACCGCAUCUUCAUAACGGAGUGAUUCAUGUGGGCGAUGAAAACACAUACGCUGUACCACAAUGGGGAGUUCUCAUAAGAAGCGAAGUGGGAUUUUUAGUACACGAAGGUGAUAGCGGUAUGAGCAAGCAACUGGGUUCUCGUCUAAAGACACCGAGUCUACCGAUAUGGGUGACUCUCUGUCUCGGCCAUCAUGGAGUGCUCUUCAACACAAAUCGAGAGUUGCUGAGGAACUAUCACGCAGAAAGACGGUUCGAGGUUCAAUAUUUCACUUGCGGCGGCAGUCACGCUACGUUAACGGUGGACACCAGGGCGAACGAGACUUCCGGGACAUCAGAUGCUGCAACAAUGGAUACCACAGACAUCGCAGCGACACCGUUAGAGAAACUUAUCCGAUCCAAGUGGCAGGAUGCUCUGAUACAAUGGAACGGAACACCCGUGAUGUGAGAGAUACGAGAGGAUGACUACUAGAUUUCCUCUUCGCUUUAAAUCGUAUAAUCCGUGAUUCCACAUGACGCUGAUCGAUCAACCUUCAUCGAUCAUUUAGCACUCUUAAAUCCACUAACGGCUUUUAAUUAUCAUAAACAGCAUAAGUUAAAUAGAAAUUAUUUGUAUCGCAAUAUUGUGGACACUACAUUAUAAAAUAGUAAAACAUUUUAAUCUAUAAUAAAUGGCUGUUGAUAAAAUGCUGUAUCACGCGACUUGUUCCCUAAACAACGCAUGAAAGAAAAUUGUCUUCUAUAUAUAUCGAAAGAUAUUUUUUAUAUUUAACAAAGAAGCGAGAUAUAUAUGUUA